AUGUCGAGCCAAGACAACACGGAUUGUCGUUUCGUUCAGACUGAAACAGACACGCACUUGCAAUAUGUGUCGCUGCUUCAAGAAGCAUGUAACAGUUCUAAUCACCAAAGGAAGUUAGAAUCGUUAGCAAGAUGUGCUUCAUACAUAACAUCAAGCGACCCGUCUAGCAUACUCGACUUAUUGCGACAUGAGACUUGUGUUCGUGAACUGGUGAAAGUGAUCGAUUUGGCAAUUGUUCCGAGCUUUCAAAAGAAAGAGUACGCAUCAUACGAAAAAGACGAUUUUAAGAAAUAUCCUGAAGUUACUCGCCAUGUGCUGUCAAUAAUUCAUCAUAUUUUACACAUUCUGGCGAACAGUAAGAGGGAUGGUGCUAACAGUUUGACAGACAAUGCAACUACAGAAAUAAUAUCCUCCAUGAACGAAACUGAGCAACAAAAAAUUGCUAGGAAUAUCUCAGCGUUUCUCCCAAAACUGAUAUUAUUGAUUUCUGCACACAGCUCCUGCCCUUUAUGGUCGUCAGUAGAGUUAGAGACUUUAAGCUCACAAGUGCUUGAUAGGCUUUUAGUUUAUUUUUCGUGUGAAUCUGUUGACGAACUUUUAAGUAUAGAAAUACAUCCAUGGGACGCAUCAGUAGGUACGGUUAAGGGCAGUAAGGUGAUGUUACUGAAUGCAGUAUUGUCACAUUGUUGGAAACCACUGUCGAAAAAUACUUGGCAUCAGAACCCAUUUCUGUCUCAUUCAUUCUUUUGGAUAAUACUGCAGAUGAAAUUGCCUCAUUUGAGUGAUCAUAUAGAACAAGUAAUGUCCGUAGCCCUGAAUUUUCUUGAAGAUCACCAAGCAGUGAACAAGAUAAGGGGCAUCUCUUGUUUACACCAUCUAAUUAAGAAUACUUCAUCAGAAGAAAUGCGCUGGUUGAAUCGGGCAGAAGUUAUCUACGAACAGUUGAAAAAUCAGAUGUACUCGAAAGAAGCAGCAGUUAUUGAAUUUCUUUUCCCAUGCUUGUUUGAUGUCUUGAAAAUUUUGGAAUCACCUCCAGAAUUAGACCGCCAUCAGUAUGUUUUAGACACUCUGCUACGAAACACAGACAGUGAGAAUCUUCUCAUUCUGCGUAAAAUUUAUGUGUCUAAUCUCACAACUCUGGUUAAUCAAGUAGGCAUUCACAGUGUCCGCCAUUUGAAAACAUUAAUUAAAGUCAUUAGUAAUUAUCUAGAAGUGGAUGACGGACUUGGGGAAGUCAGUGCUCGCCCGCAGACUCUGAAACUGCUGGAAUGUAUUAUCAGAGUGGCAUGGCCUAGAGUCCAACAUCAUGCUGAUGUUAUUCUAAAAAUGUGCUUGAACUUCAUUGCUGAUGUGAUCUGUACAAAACCUGACAGUGACAGCAGUCAUGAUGUCAGGUAUGAACUGACAGCUGAAACUGUCAGGUGCUUGGUUCUUUUGUCAGAGGUGUGCCCUGAUGUACUUCCUUGUGUCAAGGCAGGGUUAGAAGCAGGAAUUAACAGUGUUGGAAGUGAUAAUCGGAUGUUUGAUAUCUUAAAAACUCAGUUGGCAAGUAUAAGUACAGUUUUAGUGUGA